UGUGCACGAGAGGGAAAGGAGGAAAAGUCAGAGAGAAGUGGCCAUGCUUCUACAAAUUCCUUUUUGCUCCCAAAGCCUUCUUCCUCUGACUGGCUCAGACUGAUGCUCUGAAGAAGAGACCCCCAGACUCAGAGAGCACUCCCACCUGCCUCGGAGGCCGAGUCCUGCACAGCUGUAGCUACUCUGAAGCCCCUCCAUGAAUCCCCGGAAGAAGGUUGACCUGAAACUCAUCAUCGUCGGAGCCCUGGGUGUGGGAAAGACCUCCCUCCUCCAUCAGUAUGUGCACAAGACGUUUUACGAGGAGUACCAAACCACGCUGGGGGCCAGCAUCCUCUCCAAGAUUAUCAUGCUGGAUGACACAACGCUGAAGCUCCAGAUCUGGGACACAGGCGGUCAGGAGCGGUUCCGCUCUGUGGUGUCUACGUUCUACAAAGGCUCUGAUGGCUGUAUCCUGGCAUUUGAUGUCACCGACCUGGAGUCCUUUGAAGCCCUGGAUAUCUGGCGGGGUGACGUUCUGGCCAAGAUCGUUCCUGUGGAGCAGUCCUACCCCAUGGUGGUGCUGGGGAACAAAAUUGAUCUAGCAGAUCGGAAGGUCCCGCAGGAGUUAGCUCAAGACUGGUGUAAAGAGAAGGAUAUCCCCUACUUCGAAGUCAGUGCCAAGAAUGACAUCAACGUGGUACAAGCUUUUGAGAUGCUGGCCGGUCGGGCUCUGUCCAGGUACCGAAGCAUCUUGGAGAACCACCUCACGGACUCCAUCAAGCUCUCACCGGAUGAGUCAAGGAGUCGAUGCUGCUGAUUUCCAGAUUCCCACGCUGGGCUCGGAGCCUCCACCUGGUCAUCCUGGGUUUGGGGCGGGGCAAUUUCCCAGCAGCCCCAGUGUCUGCCCAUGCUCAGCCCUGACGGCGCAGGCUCUGCAGCAGGAGCCCUGGACCCGCCACUGGCCCAGAAUCAGAGGUGGCCCCUGCCUCAGGCUGAGGGUAGCCAGGGCAGAGCUGGGCCCGCAGGGUCUACUUGAAGCCCAGAAGGUCUCAGCCAAAGCCUGGCCCCUUGGGAAAGUCACAAUUCCCUCACUGGUUCCAGCUUCCUGCCACCUGUCCACCCCCACGCUCCUGCUCCGGAACACACAUACCUGCAGACAGGCCACUAGGGUCUCCAGGGUCCUGUUACAGCCUCCUCAGGGAGACCUUCCUCACCCCCCACCCCUGCCAGCACAGCUGGACAAGGGUGCUCUUACAGCCUC